AUGGCAAUGAAUCUCGCUAAUUACACGGGCGAUACCUCAUACAACAGCAUCGUCUUCGCCACUCUUCUCUUCCAAGCCAGUCCAAAUGCUGACUACAUGCCCCAAAACCAAACCAAAGCUGAUGGAAAUGACGAUCAAGGAUUUUGGGGAAUGGUUGCUAUGUUAGCUGCAGAAUCGAAUUUUCAAAAUCCUCCUGCCGAUCAGUUACAAUGGCUUGUAUUAGCCCAAGCCGUCUUUAACGAAAUGGCUAGUCGAUGGGAUACCAGUACUUGUGGACGCGGUUUAAGAUGGCAAAUUUUUCACGUUCAAUUCUGGUUUUAUGUAUAA